CUGUUCUCUGAUGUCAUUUUUGUAUUCAGAUAUAUUCAAACGAAGUAACUGAUUUAAAUUCGCCAUUUUGGCAAGUAAUCCCACUGGUAUUAAUUUGUUCAAUCGUAAACAAAAAGUAAGAUUGGACUAUGAUUAGAGAUCCAAACGAACUAAUAAAAACAAUGUUCCAUGUAAAUUUAUCUCAAUCAGUAUUCUAUGCUAUAUAUUGACUAUAUUGUUUUAUUUAUCUUUGCAAUUUUGGCAGUUUUAUUAUUGUAUUUGUUCGGCAUUCUUGGAAAGAAUUUUCGUUGUUGCUUACCGAUAUUUAGUUUUGUGUUAGCUAAAAUAAGACAAUGUCUAAAGAUUCACAUAUUGAUAGGGAUUUAGAUUUGUCCAAUGCCAAUAGAGGAGUAUGGUUAGUAAAAGUACCUAAAUAUGUUGCAAAUAGAUGGGAAAAAGCUCCAAGCGAUAUGGAAGUUGGUAAAUUGAAGAUAACAAAGCAGCAGGGCCAAAAACCUCAAGUUUCUUUAACUCUGUCAUCCCCUAUUUUAAACUUAAGUGAUUCAAAUGAAGGCAGUAUACCAAAGGACCACAGGCUAGACGUUUCUACCGUUACGCAGCAAACUUUAGGAGUGUUUUCUCAUGUGAUCCCAACAAAUAUGGAUUCUGUGAUCCCAGAGACUGAAAAACUUUACAUGGAGGGUAAGAUUGUUCAAAAAUUGGAAUGUAGGCCAUAUGCAGAUAACUGUUACAUGAAACUGAAAUUAGAGUCAAUACGGAAAGCUUCAUUACCAACUAGAAAAGUGCAACAAUUGGAACGAGUUGUUCAAACUUAUAAGCCUGUUUCAGAUCACAAAAAUAAUAUUGAAUACAUGGAAAGAAAAAAAGCCGAAGGGAAAAAAGCACGUGAUGACAAGGAUGCAGUGCUCGAAAUGCUGUUUGCUGCUUUUGAAAAGCAUCAGUACUACAAUAUUAAAGAUUUGGUGAAAAUUACUAAGCAACCAAUUACCUACCUCAAAGAAAUACUGAAGGAAGUUUGUAAUUACAACCUCAAAAAUCCACAUAAGAACAUGUGGGAAUUGAAACCUGAAUACAGGCACUAUAAGCAGGCUGAAGAUGCUGAAAGGAAAAAAGAAGAUUCUGAUGAUGAUUGAUAUUUUGUUAGUUGAUUUAAAAUUUAAUUUAAAAUAUGAAUGCAUUACAUUAUCCAAAUUCUUGUUGAAUUACUUGCUAAAAUUGCAGUCUGUUAGGUGAUUAAUUUUGGAAUAAAAUCUCAAACUGUGUUUGGUAAUAAUAGGUAGUAGUGCACUCCACCCAUUUUUUUAAGUUGCAAAAGAAUAUUACAUAGGAAAACAAUAUUCAUCAUUUCCAAAGUCGAUGUAAUAAAUUUUUUAAAAAAACUUACAAUUACUAGUAUAGAAAAUAAUUUAUACAAUUUUAAUACUUAAUAGUGUAUGUAAUUUAAUUCAUUUUUUAAAUGAAAUUUGAAAAAUCACUGCUGCCGUUUUAAAUGUGUUUAUAGGUAUAUUGUUUUUCACUCUAUUUUCCCAUAAUUUUUGUAUACGCGGCUCUACCUAUCCUUAGAGAUCUUUGGCCAACAUUGUUCUGUGUUAGAAGUGUAUUUCGUUAUACCAAUAUAAAUAAUAAACUGUUUCUCUCAAAAUAAAAGAAAUGGUGAUAUUUUCAACCUUGUUUAUAGGAAGAAACCCUGUCCUGUUUUUUGUAUAAAGGUUAAACACCUUUCGCAUUCAAUUAUUUAUCAAAAUCAAAUUAUUUAUGAUACUUUUUUUGUGGAAAUAAAAAACAAUUAUCAGCCAAAGUUCAAACAUUGUGAAUGGUGUCGGAAAAACUAAAUCACCUAGUUUUAAUAUAUAAUAAAAAAUGAAAAACCUAAUAUAUUUACUGUCGAUUUCGUUGAUAUUGUUUGAUUUUGUAUUUUUAUUGUUUUUUAUAU